AUGAACUCCAUCCUCUUCGAAGCUUGGGAGAAGUGCCAGGGAAAUUGGAAAACUUCUUCGAUCUAUCUCAAUCUCAAGAGCAUCAGUCGCUCACGCAGGACCGGGGUGCGGGUGUGGAUGACACGUGCCGAGGUGAUUGCAAAAUUCGGCGAGGUUUCCGCCGACGCUAUCAUUCUUCGAAAACAGGGGGACGAGAAGCUACGAGCCACUGAAAUCCGUCGGCACCCCGAACUGCCCGAAAGCGACGACCUUGUGCAAUACUUGAUAUUGGACACCUCGAAAGAGGUGGAAGAAGAGGAAGAAAUCAUGGAGCAGCUCUACUCGGCCGCCGACGAGGAUUCCUCAUCGACAUCCUCAUCUGGCUCUUCGAAGACCUCGAAGAAGAAGGACAAGAAGAAAGGCAAAAACAAGAAGAAGAACAAGAAGGCAAAAAAGGAAAAGAAGGCCAAGAAGGAGAAGAAAGGCAACAAAGGCGGAAAAAGGCGUGAAAGCAAGGAGGAUAAAGAAGUGGAUGAGGUGCUCGAUGCCAUCAACAAAGCUGGCAAGAAGAUCCAAGAGUUCCCAGCUGCUGAAAAUGAUUGUGCCACAUUGGGCGCGAACGUGCGAGAAGCGGCGGAGAGAGACCUCAAGGAAUCCCUCGCGGCCAUGAAGGAGAAGCGUCAAUGCUUGCAGGAUGCAGUGGACAAGCAGGAGAUCAGCGAGCUGGAGCAGUUGACAUCGUCAUUGCAAACGGCAAUCGAAGAGUUUGAAAAAGCUGUGAAGUUCGCUAAGAGCACGGUGGUGAAGAUGAUGGACCAGGUCUUCAAGAAUGGUUGGAGAAAAUCGGAGAGCCAGGGAAGAUGCUCCGGCACGACACGUAAGCUGGCCAAGUUCUGCGGGAAGAACGAUUCCAGAGACUUCUACAGGACGGUGGAAAUGCAACCGAACACUUUUGCCAAUCAUGGAACGUAUUGUUUGGUCUUUGGGCUGGGCCAGCAGGGGCAAAUCCCUAUAGGAGGUUGCUUUUUCGUGACGGAGCUACGGGGCGAUCUGGGUCCGUUGCUGCUUCUCCCAAAUUUCGGCUUGGACACCAUCCGCAUGUGCGCGAUGCACAACCUGAACCUGGGCCUGGUCUUCAUUGCGAACGGCUGGUACGGAGACCCGUCUCAAGAUCUCGAGAAGCUUUUCCAAGCAGCCUAUGUCGACUUCAAGGCCUGGCUGAAAGAGCAAAAGAUCUACUCGUCCCAACGAAGGUUCAAAUAUGGAGAAGCAAACCAAGUGUAUCAUGAGGGUAUGCUUUUCAUCAACAAGGGCUUGGAGCUGGCCCAGGUGUCGGUGAGGCAGCAAGAACUCACCUGGAAUGUUAUCCCGAAAGCCCACUACUUUGAGCACCAGCUUUUGGAAACGAAGCGGACCUGUAUGAAUAUGCGGUACCAUCACUGUUUUACUGACGAAGAUGCUAUGCGAUGGACAAAGUUGCUAGCUCGCAAAGCGAACCCGGGCACUUUCGAGGAUGCGAUACUCAAGAAAUCCAUUGCCAGACUUGCGGCGCUGAAGAAGCAUCGGCUUUUGGCUUUUGCGAGGCGAACCGGAGCACAACGUGCUCGGUUCGAUGCUGGUCGAAGGUAG